AGGACAUUAUACUUUUUCUAGAUGGGGGGCAGUCGAUCGUCGAUACGCCGAAAUUCUACGGCUAAUGUUUAUCGACACAUUCUUAAAUGUGACAAUACGCUGGAAGCCCCUGCUGCCACCCCUCCCUCAUAUCGUACUACCCAAUAGUGAGGUGAAGAUUGAUGUUAAACAAACUGCGACCAAUUCUAUUUUGAUAACAAAAACUCAAGAAUCACGUCCACUUUAAGCAGAUAGAUCUAAAUAUCUAAAAAUGUGGUAAAUGUAUACUCGCCCAGACAGACCAAUAUGCAAAUUUGAUUUCAAUUUACCUUUCCAGGGAUACAAGACUCCCCAAAUUCGAUCACAUCCGCCAGUUUAUAAACUCCAUUACAUGAUCUCGGGUCAUGUUGUUUGGAGACAGUGAUUUUUAUCGGCGGACAGGAUUUCUGUCGACGUGGAAGGUUACUAGACUGGAUAUGUUCAUGGUCAAUAGGCAUUGAAAGGAAAUGCUUUUUUGGCGCAUGUCUCAUUUCGAAUCGCACCUUCAUAAAGGACAGUGUUCUGUGGGGUUGGAGCAUGAACAUCAUAGAAAAGUGAUCUUUAAGGUUUCCAUAAGACCAUUCGGUAGUAGAGCCAUUGUAAGACGAAUCAGUGUUUUAUCAACACUGAUAAUACAUCGAAGGCUGUGAUAGGACACUCUUUUGUAAUAUUCUACACUAGCCGCUUCAGAGAUUGGAAACAAAAUGGGGAGUUCCUCACCCUUUGAUGACAUGAUGUACCCCGAUAUCCUCGGCGCGGACUCAGCAGACUACCACUUCAAUCAUCCCAAUGGGUCUACCCAGCACAGCAGUCAUACCAGUCAUGACUAUUUAUCCUACUAUUCCUUUUCUUCAUACUUCUAUCAAUUCGAUUUCGGUCUCGAUCACCAGGAUCGUAAGGUGAUGUUCAUCGUUGCCUUUUUCUUCAUCCUACUUCUUGUCAUCUUCGGUUUGUUUAGCAACAUAUUCCAGCUUUAUGGUAUCGUCUGUUUCCCGCGCAUUCGCCGAGACGUCCAGCUCAUCUUCAUCGCGAACAUGACCAUUGUGGAUAUCAUGUAUUUGGUCUUGGUCGGGAUACCAGUCACGAUUUGGAAUGGCAUUGAAGCAUUUGGCGGUUUAAUCAAUGCUCACUACAGAAGUGUGGGUAGUAUGGUCUAUAUGGAGAUAUUUUAUCAGAUUAUUCAUACGGCAGUACUCUUUCAUCUGGCUUCAAUGAUCACGGCGCUCGCCUUUGACCAGUACAUCGUCGUGUUAUAUCCCAUCGUCGCUCGCAAAUGGAGGACACCUCGGAAUGCUUUCAUCGCUUGCGUCAUCCUGUGGACAGUUGGUAUGGUCGUAGCGCUCGUUGAUGGCUUACUUUACAUAAACGUAUUCAACAGCACGUCAGACACCAUGAUGCUCAUUAAGGACUCGCUCAUCUUCAUCUUCCUCUGUCUUGUUCCCAUCAUAUUGACGAUUGUUUUCAGCAUGAUGGUAUGGCAUGCCCUGCACAAUGCUCGUACUGCCACAUCAACAGACAACAAGCAUGCCAACAACGCGCGACGCUUCACGCAACUUCAAGAAGAGGAUGGCGGUGUCCCGGGGGCGAUCAUACGCGCACAAGGUCUGCCGAACAACCUCGCCAUCUCUGCGUCCUUCGUCGUCUUCUGGACUCUAUACCACAUUGUUCAUCUCGUCAUAGCGUUCAUCUGGGCCCUGAAACGUUUUGACCAUUGGAUAUACUUCAAUAACAAGGAUGACAUUAUGAUAGUCGUCAGCGACAUUGCCGUGCAUUUCAACGUCGCUCUCAAUCCUCUGUUUUACAUCAUCUGCAACCAGAAGUUCCGACAACAUCUGUAUCGAGUUGCGUACGCACUGGCAAAACGCAACUCACAAUAUACCGGUCACAUCGACGAAACCACUACAGGGGAAUGAACAAGAAGGAGGCUUGUCCAGGAAUAUCUGAAAGAAAGAGGGCUUAAUUAAGAAUUGUUUGUUUGACUUUUAAUUGUUCAGUUCAUUGUAGAACAUAACCCCAAGGUUAGUCCUUGAAUGCCCGUAGAAUUAUAUUGGAACAUAAUUAUUUAGACCUGAAAAUAAGACAUUCUUGUUUGUACAAUUUCAAAGUGCAUCAACAAGCAUGCCCCCAAAAGGGAAAUUGAAUCGGGAGAGGCUGCCUCCUUUUCUCAUAGGCGUAUAUGGGCUCAGUUUUGCCAUACAUAAGAAAAUAUUUUUAUCCGGUUGAACAAAGAUGUACCCGAUUUGGGUCAUAAUUCUUGGCAUGCAUCCGGUCUGUACUUAAAGAUUGCCCAAAACUCUGUUUGGCAUGAUGCCAGAUUACAUAAGAGAACAUUACUAUUUUUAACGAAUUCGUGGUUUUGUUGAACAUUUUUCUCUUCUAAAUAAUUAUAUCCUGAUGUCCUUCAUAAUAGAUCAUCGGUCUGGAAUGUACUUCAGUUGUAGAUUAGCUUAUGUUAGGAGGAUAGUUGGUCUUGUCAUAUAAGGUUGUGUUCGCAGAGAUGGGAUGCAAGAAGGGAGGGGGCGGGGCUGCAUUCCAUGGGAACGUGAAAUUACUAAUAUUCAGGCAACCGUCACUUCAUUUUCGGUGAUUCGCUGCCUCAAAUUCGGGCUGCGAGGUGGCUGGUCUAUUUAUACUCUAUACUUAUUUAGCGCAUUUAGUACGAAAAAACGUUGUCACCAAUAAGAUGUCAAUUUUUUGCUCGCUUCGCUCGCUCGAAAAAAAAUUACAAACUGGAAUAUGUUGAUGUUCGGACAUGAAACGUCAGCCGCUUAAAGUGACUCGGUAACAUUGUUGAGGGUUGAUGAAAAAAAUUGCUUAAUUUUUGUAUAAAAUGUUACUUACUA